AAUUUAGACGAACAGACGUUUUUGUUUUGCCGUGGCCGUCAAUUGGAAAUCGGAGAAAUUGCCAAAAGUUGACAAACAAACACGUUUUUACCGCACGCAACGCAAUUCAGCACCACCCAUUUAAAGAAAACAAAAGAAAGUGAAAUAUAAACAAAUAAAGCACUGCAGAAAGUGAAUACCUGCGUGUGUCUGUGUGUAACUGUAAACAAUAAAGCAUCAUUCACCAUUGUGCGGCAAAGGAAGAAGCAGCGUCAGCAGAAGCAGCAACAACACCUUCAGCAUUUACUGCGCCGCAGCCUUUUACCACAUCCAAAAAAACAAGAACGAGCCCGAGGACACUCAUCAAUUAAGAGGAGCAUUUGAAGAUCGGGGAUCGACGGAGGAACUGCGGACUUUCUGUUUUUGCGCAGAUUUCGGAAAGCAGCGGAGGCGGAAGGCGGGACAAGGCGACGUCAUUGAACGCAACGAUCCCGGACAACGCAGCCGUUGAGCUGUUGUCCGGGACGGAGAGGAGGCGGGCGGAGGACGGAUCACAGACGACACCCACGCAUCCAUUCGCGUAGAUUGCACGAUUUAGACGCAACACAAUGAUCUCAAACAAAAAAUCGUAUGCGAUGAAAAUGCUGCAGCUGGCUCUGGCCUUAAGUCUGCUCCAUUACAAUCCGGACUACCUGCUCCAUCGCUGGGAUUCGCAGCUGGAACUAAGCUCCCACGGCGAUGGCUGGGAGCUGGAGAUGCUGCGCUCGGUUCACCGAAUGGACAUGGACCAGAAUCCGUAUGGAAAUAGGAAAGGAUUGAGCCCCCGGAUCGAAGAUUUCCUCAAUUUCGAUAUUCCCUCCUUGGGUGGCGUGGGAAACGGAGUGGGCGAGUACAAACUGCCCCAGCACUUCAAUGGCAGCACGUUUGUGAUGAAUCUGCACAACACCACCGGCAACAGCAGUGUCCAGACGGCCGCCCUGCAGGAUGUGCAGAGUAGCAGUGCUGCCGGCACGCCCAGUUCAGUGGUCGUAGGAGGGGCCAGUGCUCCAACCUCUGGAGGCGCGAGCAGUGGCUCUGCUCUGGGAGAAAUCAACAUAGACACCUCUUCGCUGGCCGCUGGAAAUACCAACCAUUCAUUGUUGCAUCCUGCUCCGGAGCUAGACAUCUUUCUCUCACCACAUUUGCUGCAGGAUCAGCGCUCCAUUUGGGAACAAAAUUUGGCGGAUCUGCAGGACUACAACGAUCUCCCGCUGCAGGCCAGUCCGUAUGCGAAUCUACCUCUCAAGGAUGGUCAACAGCAGCCUCCGAAUAGCUCUCAUCUGGAUCUCAGCUUAGCAGCGCUUAUCCAUGGCUUUACAGGAGCAGGAAAUGCUUCUCCCCUAAGCACCGCCGCUCUCAACGACAGCAACCCGCAUCCCAGAAGUCUGGGCAGCAUCACUGUUGAGCACCUUGAAGCGAACAACUCGGCAGGAAGAAAUAGAGACUAUGUGGAGGAGAGCAUGUAUUUGGGUCGACUGUUUGGAGAGGAGGAGACGGACGAGGAUGAGAGCGAAAUGGCCAGUGGAGCGGCCAACGCCUGCGAGGUGGAGGGACUGACUACCGACGAACCCUUCGGCAGCGCCACCUUCGCCAACGAGGUGAUAAUCGGAGAUGAAGAGGAGGAGAGUGAGAUCGCUGAGGUGCUGUACAAGCAGGAUGUGGAUCUUGGCUUUAGUCUCGACCAGGAGAAGAUCAUCAAUGCCUCGAAUGCCAGCGGCAAUACCGGAGCCAGCUCCGCCAAGUCGAAGUACGGAGAUGAGUCCAAGUCCUCGGAUCCCUCGAUGUCGGACUCGGCCAUCAAGGAUGCCAAUGACAAUGCCGAGAAGGAGGCGGGUGAAGCCUCUGUGGACGAUAUUGAGAAGCUGAAAGCUCUGGAGGAGCUUCAGCAAGAUAAGGACAAGGACAAUGAGAACCCCCUGGAGGACAUUACCAAUGAAUGGAACGGAAUCCCCUUUACCAUCGAUAACGAAACUGGUGAAUACAUUCGCUUGCCCCUUGAUGAGUUGUUGAACGACGUACUCAAGCUCUCUGAAUUCCCUCUCGAAGACGAGUUAUCCAACGAUCCAGUGGCCUCCACUUCGCAGGCAGCCGCUGCCUUGAACGAGAAUCAAGCUCAACGGAUUGUUUCGGAGACCGGUGAGGAUUUCCUCAGUGGCGAGGGAGUUCCAAGCAAGCAGCGCCGCAUCGGCGCCGAGGACAAGGACAACGAUCAGGACAAGGCCGACGGAGAUAGCUUCUCGGUGAGCGACUUCGAGGACCUUCAGAAUUCCGUGGGCUCGCCCCUGUUCGACUUAGAUGAGGACGCCAAAAAGGAGCUAGACGAGAUGUUGCAAUCCACGGCUCCGCCCUACCACCAUCCUCACCCCCACCACGGCCAUCCCCAUGCGCAUCCGCAUCCCCAUAGCCACCACCAUGCAACGAUGCAUCAUGCCCAUGCCCACCAUGCUGCUGCCGCAGCCGCCGCCCACCAGCGAGCGGUGCAGCAGGCAAACUAUGGCGGCGGCGUUGGAGUUGGAGUCGGUGUGGGCGUGGGCAGCGGCACGGGCAGCGCCUUCCAGCGGCAGCCAGCUGCCGGCGGAUUCCAUCAUGGCCAUCACCAGGGCCGCAUGCCGCGCCUGAACCGCAGCGUUUCCAUGGAGCGUCUUCAGGACUUUGCCACCUACUUCAGCCCCAUUCCCAGCAUGGUGGGUGGGGUGUCGGACAUGUCGCCGUACCCGCACCACUACCCGGGCUACUCUUACCAGGCUAGUCCCUCCAACGGCGGCAACCCGUCGGCUCCCGGCCAGCAUGGCCAGUACGGUGGAGGAGCAGCUGCCCCCCUGCAGCCGCCACCACCGCCGCCGCCGCAUCACGCAGCCAUGCUGCAUCAUCCCAACGCCGCCCUGGGCGACAUAUGCCCCACUGGCCAGCCGCAUUACGGCCACAACCUGGGAUCGGCUGUGACCUCCAGCAUGCACCUGACCAACUCGAGUCAUGAGGCCGAUGGCGCUGCCGCAGCUGCCGCCGCCUAUAAGGUGGAGCACGAUCUGAUGUACUACGGGAACACUUCCUCGGACAUGAACCAGGCCGAUGGCUUCAUGAACUCUAUUUUCACCGACGAGGAUCUGCACUUGAUGGACAUGAAUGAGAGCUUCUGUCGCAUGGUGGACAACAGCACCAGCAACAACUCCUCGGUUUUGGGUCUGCCCAGCAGCGGACAUGUUAGCAACGGCUCUGGCAGCUCUGCUCAAUUGGCGGCAGGAAAUCCGCAUGGCAAUCAAGCCAACGGAGCGGCCGGCGGCGUGGGCCCAAUGAGCGGCACCGGAGCAGCGGGCAUGACCACCGAUCUACUGGCCAGCGGUGGUGCAGGUGCGCAGGGCGGCACAGAUCGCUUGGACGCCUCCAGUGACAGUGCUGUCAGUUCGAUGGGUUCCGAGCGCGUGCCGUCCCUCUCCGACGGAGAGUGGGGCGAGGGCAGUGACUCGGCCCAGGACUAUCACCAGGGCAAAUACGGCGGCCCCUAUGACUUUAGCUACAACAACAAUUCGCGGCUGACCACCGCCACACGUCAGCCACCGGUGGCGCAGAAGAAGCACCAGUUAUACGGCAAGCGGGAUCCACAUAAGCAAACACCGUCCGCUUUGCCGCCAACAGCUCCUCCGGCAACUGCUACUGCGGUCCAGUCGCAGAGCAUCAAGUAUGAAUACGAUGCCGGUUACUCCUCUUCGGGAAUGGCCAGCGGCGGCAUCAGCGAGCCAGGAGCCAUGGGACCGGCUCUGUCCAAGGAUUACAAUCAUCACCAGGCCUACGGCAUGGGAGCCAGCGGUAGCGGCUUCUCCGGAGACUACACGAUGAGACCCUCGCCGAGAACUUCGCAGGAUCUAGUGCAGCUGAAUCACACUUACUCGCUGCCUCAGGGCAGUGGCUCCCUGCCCAGACCCCAGGCGCGCGACAAGAAGACGGUGGUGGCCACAAAGACCGCAACGAAGGGAACGAAUCCCGGCAGCUCCAACAGCAGUGCUGGCGGCGGCAGCAGCAGCAGCAGCAACACAUUGGAGGACGAACACCUGACACGCGACGAGAAGCGCGCACGAUCCCUGAACAUACCAAUUCCUGUGCAGGACAUCAUCAAUCUGCCCAUGGACGAGUUCAACGAGCGACUGUCCAAGUACGACCUCAGCGAGAACCAAUUGUCGUUGAUCCGCGACAUUCGCCGGCGCGGAAAGAACAAGGUUGCCGCUCAGAACUGUCGCAAACGGAAGCUGGACCAGAUCCUGACCCUCGAGGACGAGGUGAACGCUGUGGUCAAGCGCAAGGCGCAGUUGAAUGCGGACCGCGAUCAUUUGGAAGGCGAGCGUAAGCGCAUCUCGAACAAGUUUGCCCUGCUGCAUCGCCAUGUGUUCCAGUAUCUCCGCGAUCCCGAGGGAAAUCCCUGUUCGCCCGCGGACUACAGUCUGCAGCAGGCCGCCGAUGGAUCUGUUUACCUGUUGCCCCGGGACAAGACCGAGGGCAAUAGCACAGCAACGGCUGCCUCGAAUGCUGUGUCGUCGGCCAGCGGCGUAAGCUUGAAUGGCCACGUGCCGGCCCAGCCGUCCAUGCAUGGCCACCAUGGGCAGCACGGAAUGCAGGCGCAACACGUGGGCGGAGGCCUGCCGCAGCAGCAGCAGCAGUCAAGGCUGCCUCCGCACCUGCAGCAGCAACAGCAGCACCAUCUUCAGUCGCAGCAGCAGCCGGGAGGACAGCAGCAGCAGCAGCAUCGCAAGGAAUGAAAGUAUCUGUUGCGAAUCGCCGCAACAAAGAGUUGGUUCACUAGCUUCCAGCGCGAGCAGCAGCAUCGAUCCGAGCAACAGCAGCAGCAGCAGCAGCAGUUCGACUACCGCUACGACUUGUUCAAUAAUAGUUACCUGUACUACUGAGCGGCGACUUGGUUAAUUUUCCAAACUAUCUGCUGCAAGAUGUUGCUGGCAACAUUCGUUGCACCUGCUGCUGCUUCCAGCCGUUUGGAGCUGCCUCAUUCGUCGUAUCAUCCCAAGCCCCCAUCAAUGAUUUACUUAUUUAGUCAGCUUGAUUGUUAUUUAUUUUUUAAUUAAUUAAUUAGUUGGACUCGUCCAGAGUCUGCCAUGCGAGUCGCAUUCAGCCCUUACUUAAUUUCAAUUUACUAAAAACAUUACUUGUGAUAAAUCCACUCUUCAACUAUGAACCCUUUAAAGCAGACGAAAGCAGCGAACAGAAAAGAGAAACGAUCUAAUCAAAAAUGUUUGAAUUGAAUUUGUAAAUCAGUAAACAACUCACACUCACUCAACACUCCAUUCACAAUCAAAGCUCGCCCAUUUCUUAUCAAUGCGUCGUCGAACAAUAUUUGAUGGCGAGGCCGCUUACAAAUCUAUAAUAUUAGUCUGUAAAAUAUGAAAUCACGGAGAUACUUGUAUAAAAUAGUUAAUAGGACACACACACACACAAAUCAAUUGUAAAGGUUGCAGAAUAUUGCUGGACAGUUCAUGAAUUACGCUCGUAAGACACCUAGCAGUAAGCCUAGCCUAGUACGCUAUCAUUUAGCGAGAGAUCUACCAUUAGGCAUUUAUCAAAAUCCCAUAAACAAAAAAGCAAACAUAACACAAACUAGCGUAGCACAUAGCGUCUGUAAAUACAUAUAUUAAAGUUAGAUACCCACUAACCCCAAGCUCUAGGCUAGACAGCAACUAAGAGAGUGCUAACACACCUCAAGGAAACUAAAGAAAGAACUAAAAAAAAUAAAUAUAUAAAAACAAAAACUAACAAAAAAAAAAAAAAAAAAAUGGAAAAUACGGAAACAAGACUUAAACAAAUUCGGUAAAAACUGUCCUUGCUAGGGCGGCCCUUUCACUGUCCUGGUAACGGAUUAGACGAUAAGCUAUUAAGAGAUAUUAAUAUUUAAUAUUCUUAAACAUGUCCUACAGCAUAAAGAGUUUAACACUAGGCUAAGCUACAGCUAUGCGAAAUGAUUAUACAUACUUAUAUACGAUAUCAACUUAAACGGAUCCGCUACGAAAACGAAAUAAAAAUCUAUUGUUAAUAUAGGCAUAUGUAUUUUAAUUGUUGUAAUGAAUUUCACGCCCUCUGAGAGUCGAUUGUCGUCGCAUUCGGAGCUCACUCGAGUGGGAAACGAAAGAUAGGAAAUUCAAUAAGAGAAAGCGAAAUUAUUUGUUGUAAAUGAAACUUAAACUAAUUACCUAUUGUACUAUUGUAUUGUACUACUUACGCCCUUGGACCUAAAAUACAUUAUAAAUCCCCUUCGCGAAAAUCCCCGUAACAUAAAUUAUGUGAGACGAGUGCUCGCAGUCCCUGGAUUACUACUACUACUACUACUAGCUUGCAAGGAUCACCGAGCACUUGUCGACCAAGCCCCUGUACUUGUAUGUUGCUAUAUAUAUUUGUGUAUGUUUCAUAUGAGAAAUUUGUAUGCUUUAAACGAUGAUAAACUUUUCCUCAGCUAAACAAAAAGAAAACGUCAAAAUUAAAGAAAAACCACUAAAAAAUAAAAA